CGCUUCCCGGCGCCUCGGCCCGUCCACGGUAAGGCUUCGUCCCUCCGUCUCUGUUUAGGGCACCGCCCGUGCAGCGAAGCCGCCUCCAGGACGCAUCACGCAGGCGGGGAAGGCGACGCAGCCUCUAAGAAGCAAAAGAAGAAAACCCGGAGGAGGGUUUCUGCGUCGAACGGAAGCGGGAAGGCCCCAGAAAAGCCGGUCCCAGAGGAAGCCCCUCCAAGCGCCGAGGCCCAGGCGGAGAAGCUGGCUCGGGAACUGGCCUGGUGCGUGGAGCAGCUGGAACUGGGCCUCAAGACGCAGACACCCAGCCCAAAACAGAAAGAGCAGGCUAUUGGGGCAAUCCGAAUCCUUCGCAGCGAAAGAACUCCCCUGCCCCGGAAGAGGCAGCUGAUGCGCUCCUUGUUUGGGGACUACAGGGCUCAGAUGGAAGCCGAGUGGUGCCAGGCCCUGCGGGCUCUCAGGACCGCGGCCCACUCAGCCCACAUGCAGCCUGUAGGUGAGGCUGCCAGGAGGAAGAGCCGGAGGGUCUGCAGGCCUCGCCCAGCAAGGGGAGCCAAGGCCACACUGGACACUCCCAAUGAAGAGUUUAGGUUCAAUUUCUUUUAGCCUCCACUACAUCCUGGAGCAGUUCUUCUCUGCAGGUGGUAUGAAAAUUUGUCCUGAUGCAGAGCCUUUCCAGGAAUGCUUUGUCGGACAGAUGUUGGGUUGUCUGUCCCUGGCUGGUCAUUGAAUCUGGUGCCGUGACUGCCGGGCAGGUGUGAGACCAGCACACUGAGUACUGUCAGACCAGCACCAGACCCAUUUGUAGGGUUCAGACAAUCGUCCCUCCUGUCAGGAGAGUGAGGUCAAUUAGAAAGGCUUCUAUAGCAAGCCGAAAUGAGUGCCGGCAUGUCGUGGGGAGAACGUCUUACUCUGUGUUCAGGGUUAGACUAAGUGGCUAAGGGUGCGUGGGGAAGCUGCAUAGUUACGUUGGUGCUCACUUAUGGAAAGGCGUCCUGUCAGAUGGGGUAGUGCUUUAUGCCGUUAUGUCACAGUGUCCUAAUAAAACUAUUUUUAUAAAAACAGA